AUGGAUUUUGAUACUGCGAGCCAGAGCCAGAGCCUUUCGCCAGGCGCUGCCACUCAAAAUCCUAGCCUUAGACUCCCCGCGACUUGUAAUCCACCGUCCGAACACCGUCCACCGACGCGAGCAGUAUGGAUCGUCUUUGGAGCCACCGGCCAUAUGGGACGAUCCCUCGUUCGAGCUAUCCUAGCACACGGUGACCAAUGUACGGCAGUCGGAUGGACACAGGAAAAUACCCCCAAGCAGAUGGAUAAAUGGCAAGAUAGGAACUGCUUGGGCCUUUUGUGCGACGUAAGAGUCAGGGAAACCGUGGACCACGUAAUCAAGAAAAGCAUUGAGUACUGGGGCCGGGUAGACAUCAUCGCAAACAGUACUGGGUACGGCGUUAUAGCAGCAUGCGAGGACCAAGACGAGUACGACCUUCGCAACCAAUUCACUACCAACUUUCUCGGUACUUUGCACAUCAUACAAUUGUCCCUCCCAUAUUUUCGCGCCCAGAACUACGGUCGUUACCUGAUAUUCUCGUCCACGGCGGGAGCCCUUGGUGUCCCAGGAUUAGGUCCAUACUGCGCAACCAAAUAUGCCGUUGAGGGCCUCAUAGAGUCCAUGUUGUACGAGAUUGACGUCUUCAACAUCAAAGCGACCCUGGUGGAGCCCGGGCACGUCCGCUUAGACGAACCCGAUGACAACAUCAUCCCCGUCAGCUACACUUCCGCGCCCGCGCCUGGAGUAGGGCCCCCCAAGCCGAAGCGAUAUGGGCACUUCUUCGUGAAACCGAACCCUAGCGAGCCGUAUGCAGCAUUGACGAGCCCUGCGCAACACGCGCGGAGAAUGGUACAGUGGCUCAACGACAGGCAACCAGUGAGCGCCGUGAAAAGCGCCGAGUUGGUGUGGCAGUUGGGCCAUUGCAGUUAUCCGCCGUUGAGGCUGAUCCUAGGGAGUUACGCUGUAGAGAGCAUCAGGGACCGGUUAAAGAGUAUCACUGAAGAGAUUGAAGACUGGAAGCACCUCUCCUUCCCCGUUACGAUGCCUCCAGAAGAUCAAGCAGGCCAGGAUGAAGUCAAGGAGGAGCAAGACCUAGAAGAAGAACAAGACAACGAUUGA